GUAUCGUUUGUUUUUUUAUGUUGUGUCGAAUUGGCAUUACUUCAAUGUAAUUAGCAUAUUCAGCUUUUACAGAAAACACAUUUUCAUCACCAUAAGGUAUUCAAUUUUAUUAAUAAUUUUUUAGGUUGGAGUGUAAUUGGUGGAAGUUUAGGAUAUGAAGUUAGAGAUGGCUAAACCAUUUUUGGAGGAAAUAACCUUUUUGGAGCUGGAGUUUCUAUAUAUAAGUUAAUAUUAAUAUCAUCUCCUCAUCACACAGUAAAAUUAAAGUUGAAGAUUUGGGCGUAUAAUAUUUAACAAAUAAUAAUUUAGAAUCAAUACAUGGGAAAAUGAAUCUAUUUAAACAAAAAUAAAUGGAGAAAUCAUUGAUCAAUAGACUGUAAGUUCAAAUUUAGCAAAUUCUUUUGGGCAAUUUUUAUAUUAAGAAAUAAUUUUCUCGCAUAUAUAAAGAUCAUUAAUUUUAGAAAUCACAUCUACUUUAUAAACAACAUCUUCAUAAGUAUUUAGUUAUAUAAGAAUAGAAAUAUUGGGGAGUGAGAGAUGUUUAUAUUUAUACUUACAGUUGUCCAGUAGGAUGCUAUUUUUGUACCUACCUUGAUAUGGACUCUUCUUAAUGCAAACCGUAUAUUUUAAAGACGAGCUAUUUCACAGAAUUUAGUUUCUAUUCUAACGAAGGUUGGAUAGUUACUAAUCAGUAGAUUAGUGAAAAUGUGUGUGAUUGUAACGAAUCAAUUAUAUUUGUCAGAAAUAUCAACCUUUGGAAAAUAUUCAACAGGAACAACGUUAACUAGAUAGCUAUUUCUUGAACCUCAUUAUUAAUUAAGAAUAACAUUUUAGUUCUGGAAGUUUGAUGCAUUAUAAACUUCACAAUAUUAAUUGCAAAUUGAUAAUUCUAUUGUUUGGUUAGAUUCUCAAAAAUAAUAUUAGAAGAUAUCUAUAUGUGGUAGUACUACAAUGCCAGAAUAAUAUUAUGAUGUUGAUAUAACAAUCAAUCACAUCAAUUAAUAUACAACUUUUUAGUUUAUGAGUGAUUUAAUAUCACCUACAGAUUCAUUUGGAAUAAGAGAAAUGAAUGUAUAUAUCUUAGCUUGUGAUUCUAUGUGUGAUUUAUGUGAGGCAGGAAAGGGUUAAACUUGUAUCUCAGGAAUCAAAUAGACAUAAAUUGAAAUAGAGAGUGAUUUAACAUAGAAUUCCUUUGCAAGUCAAACAGAUUGGGGAAGUUAUAUUCCUUCAGAUGCUACUGGGUAAAUCCAGAAAACAUUUUUGACUGAUACUUAUCUUCCUAAUAUGAAUUACCUCUCUUUAUAUAAUCUCUUAUACAAAGAUUUUGUGCUGGAAGAUCAUGAAAAAAUCAAGGUUAUAUUUUAAGCUUACUCUUCUGGUCCUUAACAGAAUAUCAAUUUAAAGAUAGAUGAAGAUUAUGAUGAAAUUGUGUAAAUUGGUUAAGAUACUCCAACUAGUGUUUGUACACCUUCAUUAUAAUAUGAUAUUGAAGAUUAUUCAUAUUUUGAAUAUACAUUUGAUCAUACUGCUAAUUUUGUGAGAAUCUAAUUUGAAUCCAUACCUUAUAGUUCUGGAAUUUAUAAAUAUGGAUUUAAUUAAUUUAAGAUAUAUUCAAUCAUAGAGGAUUGUUCGACUACUCCUUGUACUCAAGUGGAAAAAUUAGUUAAUUCAAAUUUUUUUACUACUACUUUUUCAGAUCCUAAAAAUUGGCAAUUAUUAUCUUACUCACCUAUCGCAGUAUCUUCAUGUGAUUCAAAAAGUUUUGCUGGAGGAAUUAAUAUAGGCAAAUAUAAUAUUUUCUUAUAAAAACGUAUAUCCCUUACCUAAAGUCACUAAAUGUUAAGACUUUAAUUAACUAUAUACUUUUUAGAAGCUUGGGUUAAAACUAAAUCUCUAAGGAUUUUGGCAGACAAAGUUAUUAUUUGGGAUUAAAGUGUAGAUUAUCAAACAAACCUUUAAAAUUUAUGUUCUUCCAACAAUUCUUAUAAAGAUUAAUUGGUUACUGUUGAUAUAUCAUUCCCUCAUAAUAAAGGUACAGUAACUUUUUAAUUUGUUAUUUAAAAUGGAGAUGGAAGCGGUAAUUCAUUUAUUAAAUUUAGAAUUCUAUGCUAUUAGAGAUUAUCAUUUAUUUUACAGUUCUUGA